UUACUCCACCGGUUAGUGUGCUACUUUGCCGCGGACAAGGGAAUCCCUCGUGUGUCGAAUAAUCGUGGCACUUGUCUACUAGAAACACGUUUAACUGAAUUUUUGGUGGAUCGAGCAAUUGAUUUACGAUCAAAAUGGCAGACAAAGAUAAAGAUGAACAAGAAAAGACCAUCGCCGAAGAUUUCGUGGUUACAAAAUAUAAGAUGGCCGGCGAAAUUUCCAAUCGCGUGAUUCAAGGAGUCAUUGCCCAAUGUGUAGCAGGAGCUUCAGUUCGAGAACUCUGCACACUGGGAGACAAGUUGCUGCUUGAAGAAACCGUCAAGGUCUUUAAGAAGGAAAAAGAAUUGAAGAAAGGCAUUGCUUUCCCAACCUGUGUCUCUGUCAACAACUGUGUCUGCCAUUUUUCUCCUUUGGCUAGUGACACAGAUGUGGAACUGAAAGACGGUGAUGUUGUUAAAAUUGAUCUAGGUGCUCACGUUGAUGGCUUCAUUGCAUCUGUGGCUCACACUGUUGUUGUUGGCAGUUCACCAUCAACUAAAAUUACAGGCCGCAAAGCUGACAUUCUCCUGGCAGCUCACUAUGCCUCUGAAGCUGCUCUCAGGUUAAUGAAACCUGGUACAGAGAAUCAAGCAGUUACCAGCGUUGUUCAAACGAUCGCCGAAAGCUACAAGUGCAAACCCAUCGAAGGAAUGCUUAGCCACCAAUUGAAGCAGUUUGAGAUCGACGGUGAAAAAUCGAUUAUUCAAAACCCGAACGAGAUCCAACGUAAAGAGCACGAAAAAAGUACCUUUGAACUCCACGAAGUGUACGCAAUCGAUGUUCUGAUUAGCUCUGGAGAGGGAGUGGGCAAGGAGAUGGACACUCGAACGACCGUGUUCAAAAAAACCAAUGAGACGUACAUGCUGAAGAUGAAGGCUUCCCGUGCUCUUUUCACGGAAGUCAACUCAAAGUGCGGCACGAUGCCGUUCUCCCUUCGCAAUCUGGAAGACGAGAAGAAAGCCCGCAUGGGAGUCCUCGAGUGUGUCUCACACAAAUUGCUCGAACCCUUCCACGUUCUCUACGAGAAACCUAAUGAAAUUGUGGCCCAAUUCAAGUUCACCGUCUUGUUGAUGCCCAACGGUCCGCAGAAGAUCACUGGUCUUCCAUUUGAUCCCACGGCCUUCCAGACGGAGAACAGCAUCACCGACGAGGAAGUCAAGAAACUAAUAACCUCCUCCACUCGUAGCAAGCCUAACAAGAAGAAGAAGCCUGCAACAACUGAAGUGAAAAAGGAAGCAGCACCUGUAACAGCCAAUUAAAUCCUACCGCGACUCGUGUUAGUUAUACAUCCAACCCUAUUCUCGGCCUGGAACUCUCUUAGCAAAACAAACUCGAUUGAUCGCGAGUAUUAUAUCAUUUGUGAACUUUGAAACGGAAUUCUUUCGUUUUUUUUUCGUGUUUGUCUACGAUUGAUGGACGACCGAUCGGUAUAUUUGUUACCUGCUCUGUCGUCCAUCACAUCAUCUUUGCGAUUAUUGCUUGUGUUUUAGUAUACAAUGAUCAUAUUGUAUCUUCUUUAUCGGAGACGGCGUAUGUGUAAACACACGAGUAUCAUCUAGAGAAACAUUUCCAGGUUAGAAAAAAAAAUUAUCACUUUUAUCAAAAAAAAUGUUAAAAAAGAUUACGGAAAACUAUUAACAGAAUGAGGGUUGGAAAUCGUAUAAGUAAUACACGGUGUGGGAGAGAAUCCAUCAACAUGGAUUUUUGUUUUUCAA